UCUGCUCUGCUCUCUGUGAGGCUGUCAGGGAGGGAGAGUGUGUCUUGCAUGUCUCCAGUGGGAACCUUUUUCUCUUUUUUUCAUACUUACACCACUCUUUCAAAGUGUUAGACUGUUUAGUGAGAGAGGAGAGAGAGAGAGAAAGAGAGAAAGACCCCCAUGUUGCUGUGAUUUGACUAAACAAACAGCCAUUCUGAGAGCGGUACCUCCUCCCAACGGACUCCUGGGACAGCAGAGAGAAACCUCAGAACAUCUGAGAGAACCGGACAUUUGAAGCAGCGGACCCUGGAGGGACUACAGCUGGAGAACUCUUCUCUCAGGCUUUUUUUUUUCCUUUUUUUGGGAGGGGGGUCAGAGAGGGAAGACUCAACUGUGUCUGCAGGAGCGCUCUGAAGAAUAGUGGGGUCACGAGGCAGCCACAAUGAGGAGGCUGAUAGCGUCUGUGCUCCACCUGAUGGUCGCUUUAACGGCUUUGGUGCAUUUCUGCCCAGAAGUGCGCAGCCUGGAGAUCACCCCUGAUGACAAAGAGUUUGUCCUGGCUCAAGGCUCAUCUCUCACCCUAAUCUGCUCCGGCUCCAGCCACGCAAAGUGGGCGCUUAAGAGGGACGAUUCAACUUACUACCUAAACCAGCUAGAUGAGAACAUGAAAUCAAGAUACAAAAUCUUUGAACUCGAUACUACGUCAGUUGCUCUGAACCUAACAAGUGUGAGUUGGGUGCAUACUGGCGUGUAUCAGUGCGUCGAUGAUAUUUCUGACGAGAUAAAGGAAGUGGCAGUGUUUGUCCCAGAUCCUGAAGUUUGGUUUGUAAAGAGCGCCCACGGCAUGGUGACGAAGACCAGUGAAGAAAGCAUCGUCCCUUGUGUGGCCACCAACCCAAACAUCACUGUCAUCCUGUAUGAGUGGGACACCAACAGGCCCAUCAAAGGGCAUUAUGUACCAAGUGAGGGGUACAGGGCGCAGCUGGAGGACAGAGCAUAUGUGUGCCAUGGAGAGCUGAAUGGGGAGGUCAAAGAGUCUCAGGAGUUUAACGUCAUCAGUAUUAUAGUGGCCGAAGACAUCAACCCUUACAUCAACAGUUCAAAGACGGUCCUGAAGCAGGGCGAGCCGCUGACUAUAAACUGCACGGUGCACGGAGUGGAGCUGGUGGAUUUUUCUUGGGAUAUUCCACACACUGCGGUUGUUAAGGUUAAACCACAAACGUAUUUCUCCCCGAAGAUGCACUCCUGCCUGACCUUCCCUCGCACUACAGUGGAGAACAGCGGAAACUACGUGUGCCACGUCCAAGAAAUGGUAGCGGGCGUCAAAGCUUCUUCAAGCGUCAACAUCAACGUGCUUGAACACGGUUUUGUGGAGGUGAAACCUGCUCAGUGGCAAAACAUUUCAGCCAAGCUUCAGGAGAACGUGGAGCUGAGAGUGGACAUUGAGGCCUACCCUCCCCCUCAGGUUCGCUGGACCAAAGACGGGACCACCAUCAGGGGAGACAAAGCUAUCACAAUCAGACAGGAUCAUGAAAUAAGGUAUGUGACCGUUCUCACACUGGUGAGGGUGAGGACUGAGCAUAACGGCGUCUACACGGUCAUCAUUUCCAAUGGAGACGACAGAAAGGAAAUUAUUUUUGACCUGGAAGUCCAAGUUCCUGCUCAGAUUAAAGACCUGACCGACCACCAUUUCCCAGGGAUGAGAGACGUGGUGACCUGCGUCGCUGAAGGGUUUCCAGCUCCGAUCAUACAAUGGUACAGCUGUGACGGCAUGCUCAAGUGUAGCAACAGGACAGCAGCAUGGCAGCCGCUGAAGCCACAACCGGAGGUGGUGAGCAUCCAAACCAAUGUCAACAACAGCCGGGCGCGUAAAGUCAGCGUGGUGAGGAGCCAGGUGAUCUUCCAUAAUCCUCAGCAGAUCACAGUUCGCUGCGAGGCCUCCAACCAGCCCGGGGACGUCAGCACGAGGGACGUCAAACUUGUGUCCAGCACGUGGUUCUCCAAGGUGGCAGUGCUGGCUGCUGUUCUGGCCUUAGUGGUCAUUUUUAUUUUGUCGAUAAUCAUCCUCAUCGCUGUAUGGAGGAAGAAACCUCGCUAUGAAAUCAGAUGGAAGGUGAUAGAGUCUGUGAGCCAGGAUGGACAUGAGUACAUUUAUGUGGACCCCAUCCAUCUGCCCUAUGACCUUGCCUGGGAGAUGCCCAGAGAAAACCUGGUGCUGGGUUGCACGCUUGGAUCAGGAGCAUUUGGCAGGGUGGUCGAGGCAACUGCGUACGGUCUCACGCAAUCCCACUCCAGCACAAAGGUGGCAGUGAAAAUGCUGAAAUCCACAGCCAGGAGGAGUGAGACUCAGGCCCUGAUGUCCGAGCUGAAGAUCAUGAGUCACCUGGGACCUCACCUCAACAUUGUUAACCUGCUCGGAGCCUGCACCAAACAUGGCCCUCUCUACCUGGUUACUGAGUACUGUCGCUAUGGUGACCUAGUGGACUACCUGCAUAGGAACAAGCACACCUUCCUGCAGUACUACGCUGAGAAGAACCAGGACAGCGGAUGCAUCAUCUCCAGAGGAAGUACCCCUCUCAGCCAGAGAAAAGGGUAUGUGUCCUUCGGAAGUGAGAGCGAUGGAGGAUACAUGGACAUGAGCAAAGAUGAGCCCUCCUUCUACGUGCCUAUGCAGGAGCAGCUGGACACAAUUAAAUAUGCAGACAUCCAGCCGUCCCCGUAUGAAUCCCCCUACCAGCAGGACCUCUACCAGGAACAAGGUGGGGGCAGACUGGAUCUGGUGAUCGGCGAUUCUCCCACCCUCACCUACGACGAUCUCCUAGGCUUCAGUUACCAGGUUGCAAAGGGAAUGGACUUCCUGGCCUCAAAGAAUUGUGUCCAUCGUGACCUGGCAGCCAGGAACGUAUUGAUCUGUGAGGGCAAGCUGGUGAAGAUCUGUGACUUUGGCCUGGCCAGGGACAUCAUGCAUGAUUCCAACUACAUCUCCAAAGGCAGCACAUUCCUGCCCCUGAAGUGGAUGGCACCGGAAAGCAUUUUCCACAAUUUGUACACCACCCUGAGCGACGUUUGGUCAUAUGGCAUUCUUCUUUGGGAAAUUUUCACUCUGGGAGGAACUCCUUACCCUGAUUUGCCCAUGAAUGAAAUCUUCUACAGUGCUUUGAAGAGAGGCUACAGGAUGGCCAAGCCUGCUCACGCCUCUGACGAAGUGUAUGAGAUCAUGAAGAAGUGCUGGGAUGAGAAAUUUGAGAAGAGGCCCGAGUUUUCCCUCCUGGUGCACAAUGUGGGAAACAUGCUGAUGGACAGCUAUAAAAAGAGAUACAACCAAGUGAAUGAAAACUUCCUCAAGAGCGAUCACCCUGCCGUGGCUCGCACCAAACCUCGGCUCUCCUCUCCAUUUCCAAUUGCCAACCCAGCCUUCGGCUCUCCCUCUCCAAUCACUCAGUCCUUCCCGGGCCGCCACAGCCAGAGCCCGAGGCCUGGAGACGGCGGGCGAGAGGCAGACACACAGGAAGUCAUCCCUUCAUACAACGAGUACAUCAUUCCUCUCCCAGACCUAAAGCCUGACGACGUUUUCACUGAAGUGCCGUCGGAAAGCCCUGCGAGCUCUCUGGCUGUGGAGGAGAAUGCUGACUCCACAUCUCGGGACACGGCGGAAACUCUUCCGGAGGAAGACCGGGUGGAGAACACGAGUGAGAGGGACGCACUGCUGGGCUCCAUGGGGACGCCUGAGGUAGAAGACAGUUUCCUGUAGCCCUGUGUGGGAAGGCCGAGGAAACCGAACCCCUUUCUGUAGACUCAGAAGAAACCCGACUAAAACUGAAAUGUAGCAAAAACUGAGACUGAGAAACAUUCUCUGUAGUUUCACUGAGCUCUCAAAAACUGCUUCCUCCUUUGAGAGUUUUUGUUUUCUAUCUAAAGUUACAAAUAUGGUACAAUGUUUCUCACUCUUCUGGGAGCUUGCCAGGAGAAGAAUAAGGUCACAUUCCUACACAAUCAGUUUAACCAAAGUAGUGUUGAUGUUUACUGUAGUUGCCAGUUCUGUCAGACACUUAUAAAGCCUUAGGCGGUUCAGAUUGUGCUUUAUUAUUUUAGUAACACUAACUGUUUGUCUUUUUGACUGACUUAUCUGAGAGUAUGUGACUUUUUUUUCUUUUUUUUUUUUUGGGAAGCGGGUUAUAUAUAUAUAUUUUUUAGCUUUCACAGAGAAAAGUAAUGAGGACCAAUCUAAAACAGAACAUUGUCUCACAACAGUGAUUAACACUAAUUUGAAAACAUGAUAUAGACACUUUAUUAUUAAUUUACACUUUUAUUUUUGCAUUGUACUAUUAGCAACCUUAUUCGUGGUAGUAUGUUUAUAAAGUUUCAUUUCAAGAAUCAGAAAUGCAGGUACGUUGGUGCACUGUUUGAAAAUGAUACGUUUCUAUUAUUCCUUUUAGUGGUAUUCAGUGUAUUUUUGUGCCUGAGUCUUUAUUAACAUCUGAUGUU